CCUGCCUCUCUCCACCACGCCCGCCAUGCCCGUCUCCUCGCCGCCCUCGCGGCCCGCGUCGCCGCUGCCGCCGCAGAACAUCCUGCUGCUCGGCCUGCGCCGCUCGGGCAAGUCCAGCCUGCUCUCGGUCGUGUACAAGGCGCUGCCUCCGCACGAGACGCUCUUCCUCGACUCGACGCUGCGCUCGCACCACCUCGACGUGUGCGCCUGGGAGCCGGUGCGCUUCUGGGACGGGCCCGGCCUCUCGGCCUCCGCCACCGAGGGCGGCGCCGGUGCCGCGGCCGCCGUGCAGGAGAAGGGCAAGGCCACCGGCACCGCCGGCGGCCUCGAGUGGACGCAGGUCGGCGCCGUCAUCUUCGUCAUCGACGCGCAGGACGACUACUUUGACGCCCUCGCGCGCCUCCACUCCGUGCUGCUCGAUGCCUAUGCGCACAAUCCCGAGAUUCUCUUCCACGUCUUUGUGCACAAGGUCGACGGGCUGAGCGAUGACUACAAGUACGACACACAGCGCGACAUCGAGCAGCGCGUGCUCGACAACCUCUCCGACGCCUCUGCCUCGUUCACCUUUGCGCCGUGCGCCUACGAGAUCCUGCGACAGAGCGCCGCCGCAGCUCCGGCUCUGCCCGCCUUGCCGUCGGGCCCAGCAUCUGCCGUCGGUGCCCGUCCGGCCGGCGACCACACGAACCCUGCGUCUGCGUCUGCCUCUGCAUUCGCAUCCUUGGCGGGUCAGGGCAACGCCAUGACGUCCUCUGCACUCUCUCGUGCCGCCGGCCUCACUCCCGAGACCCACACUGCCGGUUCGUCCGGCGUGCGGGAUGUCGCCACGUCGCCGCGACCAGGCGGCAGUCAUAUUGCGGCCUCGAGCAGCGCCGCUGCUGCAGCCGGCUCGGGCGCACCGACGAAUGUCAACCUGGACACGGACGUACGCCUCACGUUCCACACGACGAGCAUCUUUGACUCGUCGGUCAACGUGGCGUUCUCGCGCAUGCUGCAGGGCCUGCUGCAGCGCGGCAUGGAGGAGACGUUGGAGGGUCUAUGCAACAGUCUGUGCAGCGCGAACAAGCUGGACAAAGUUUUCCUCUUUGACGUGCCCACGCGCACCUACAUCGCCGCCGACACGUCGCCGUUCGAUCGCGCCAGCUUCGACGUGGCGUCCGAGUAUGUCUCGUUCCUGACGCGCUUUGCCGAUCUCUACUCCACACUGGGCGCGUCAGAGACCGGCGAGACUCGGCAUGCAUCUAGCGUCUCCCGCUUGGCGCCCGACACGACGUUGGCCUUCUGGCAGAUCGAUGAGCGUCUGGCGCUGCUGGCGAUCCUGCGCACGCAGCCCGCCUCGCAGGGCAUGCUGGACUUCAACGUCUCGCUCCUGAGGCGAUCGCUGCUGGAGCUGCGCGAUCUGUCACGCGCCUAAAUAGGCGAGGGCGGUGGCAGGAGGAAGGAAUGGGAAUACUCCUGCUGCACUGCAUGCGAGAGACGCAGUGAAACGGAUCAGACGAGCUGAUGGGAUUGCGUGACGUGAAUGAGGAUGGCGGUGA